GCGCUUCUUGAAUUCAGACCACAACGUCUUAAUACCCGUUCUCGAUCUCUUUGGCACUUGAGGGGAUAACGAACUUCCAUUAUACCAAAUUUCUGUUCUGCCACCUGCAUGGGCUCAUUGUGCUCCAAGUCCAGUGUGCAUUCCGGGGGACAUCAGGUGUUGGGAAGCACUGCUGGCCAGCCAAAUGAUGGCACCACACCGCCUCCUGAUCCUCGCGCCGCAGCUGCAGAGGCUGCUGAGAGAAGGUUGAAAACGGCACAUGCACGAGGUACUAAUGCCUCGAAUCCGAAUCGGGGACGACUUGCCGAGCAGGUGGAAGCUGCGAAAGUGGCGAAACCAGUACCUACGCCAAGGGAUGAAGAACGCCUAGUGUGGGAUUGAAUCAAACUUUGUGCGUGUGUAUCGCCUCACCGCCAGUAGAACAUGCGGGUCAUCCAUCGCUCCGGACUUCUCUCAUUCUGACCUUCAGGUUUUCUCGUGCCGUUUAAUACAUGAUCGCCGAUCCCUCCCAUAUUUUUCAAUUUACCUCGGACCCGCUCAAACAUGAAAUGAUCCCUCAAGGCCUCAUGGCGGACCGCCGGUGAGACAACCAUGAUGUUCGAACACGUUGAUUUCAUAUGUAGAAAAUGGUAUAAACAAAUGCUCUUCUCUUCCCAUGAUCGAGGAAAGUGACGCCGUCUUGUCUUGUCUUGUCUUGCCCAUGUACUUCCUGAGAUACAAAUGGGUAAAUGAUGAUUGCUCGGGGAUAUGAUUGAUAGUUGUGUGAAUCCCCCGGUUCG